AUGGACGGUGCAGGUGUUGGUUCCUCCCGGGAGUGGGUCGAGAGGGCUCUUCCAUUCCUCCCCAUUGCUCUGCGGGCGUGGUGCUUGGAUCCAGACCCGGCGGGCGGGAUGCCCGCGGGUGGCUCUGCCCUUGUGAACUUCGUGAUGAACUACAACAUGCAGAACAUGAACAAGGAGUUACCUGAACUCUUCUCCAUGCUAAAGUCUGCUGAGAUUGAGAUACAGAAAGAACAUCAAGUGUUGAUGGUCAACAAGACCACUAGUUUCAAGAAGCAAGGCAAACCUAAGAAGGGCAACGCUAAGAAGGGCGGCAAGAAAGCUGCCGCGCCUUCUGAGAAGCCUAAGGGUGGCCCUAAACCUGAUACUGAGUGCUAUUACUGCAAUGGGAAGGGGCACUGGAAGCAUAAUUGCCCCAAGUACUUGGCUGAUCUGAAGAGCGGCCUUGUCAAGAAGAAGAAUGGUAUAUCUAAUAUACAUGUUAUAGAUGUCUAUCUUACUGGUUCUCGUACUAGUUUGGAGUCCAAGGUCUUCUUGAGAAUUGAAGCACUUGGCGAGAGCAAGAACAGUCGCGGGUGCCUCCUUCUUCUUGAAGAAAUAUGGGAGAAGCCUCGACAGGCCGAUCUUAGCUUCAACAAGGCAGUCGCGGGCCUCAUCUCCGUGGAUCUCAAGAAGAGAAAGCGCGUCAAGGAGUUGGUCACCUUCAGGGUUUUCAAGCUCAUAUUCUUGAUCUGUUCUCCCUGA